AUGGCCGACAAUCUCCGCGUCGUCGUCGUCGUCGAGCACGUUGCUAUCGAAUACGGAAUGGACUCUAUUGAGGAAGGUUUCGAGCACGAAAAGACUGUGGAGAAAGAUUUAGGAGAAGAGGAUUCAGUUUGUCGAGACCCCACGCGUUACGUGUUUGACAUCAUUAGCAUCAUUGGCUCGGGGUCUCACGGCACGGUGCGUCUGUGUCGUUUGCGUGCGUGUCCUAGUCGUCUCUUCGCGGCGAAGGUGGUCCAAGCUAGGCAGCAUCAAUGUCACCCGUUCAUCACUAGGAUGUUCUGUUCGUUAGAAACCCCGAACGCACUGAAUUUUGUGCUGGAGUAUUGUCCUGGUGGCGACAUGUACUUCCUGCUAGAGAAUCCUGUGAAGAACCGCAUUCCAAAGGAUCAUGUUUUGUUCUAUGCGACAUCCAUUGUGCUGGCCUUGCGCUAUCUUCACGAGCGUGGCAUUCUGUAUGGAGACCUCAAACCCGAGAAUAUUCUGCUGGACGAAGCAUGUUUCGUGCGUCUUGCUGAUUUCGGCUUUGCGCGCGAGCAGAUGCACCGAUCAGACCAGUGCUGCACCAGCUUCUGCGGGUUAGCAAAUUACAACGCUCCCGAGGUGGUGCGUGGUACUGAAUUUGACUUGUGUGCUGACGCGUCCCACCUCCUAUAG